UUUCCAAUGGUGACGCAAAUUUCCCGCCCUCACUUCUGCUAUCCUGUAUGUGAAAGUAACAGAAUACGAGUUUUCACUAAUACCUUCUUUUAACGUUAUUAUAUUUCAAACCCUUCAGACGUUAGUCCGAACCCAAUGAUGCCUUCCACACACGACUGGAUCAACAACCCUCUCGGUGUGGUCGAGGGCAUGUUUGCUGCUUCCCAGAACAAACCAAACUCAGAAUGGGAGGAGAAAGCGGUUGAAUUCUUUGAAGAUCAUCUGAAAGAAAACGACGCUCACAACUGGGUCCCGUCUUUAAACGAUGUCCCUCUUCACUACCUGAAACCAAACAGCCUGGUAAAGUUUCGCUGCCUAAUCCAAGACAUGUUUGAUUUGGAGUUCUACAUGGCAGAGUAUGAGGCUGUUAAUCCAUCUACAAAUGAUAAGGUGGUUCGUUCUGGGAAGUACAAAGAUGUGACUGAACCUGGGGUGGAUUUAAACUCCAAAAAAAUAUGGACUGCACAAAGACAGACUUUCUACUGUGUGCCGAUCCCUGGAGAAAGUCCCUGGGUGAAGCAGUGCUAUGCCGGCUCCAGCCAAGCAAGAGACGUUCCCUCCACCUCGUAUGCCCCGGCUCGACAGAAACGGAGCUACGAGGAAGACGACGACAUGGACACACAACCGCAGAAGCAGAGGGAGCCGCAUGCCGGUCCUCAAACACCAUCAGAACAGCACGGCAAUGGUGACUGUAAGCGCCGGGAGCCAGAAGCUCCUUCCAGCCAAAUGGCCUCCCGUCUCAACCUCAACUUCCCCCUGCCAGGAGAGAAAGGCCCCUCCUGCCUCCUCAAGGUGUACGACGACUGGGACAGCUUCCAGCUGAACGACACCAUAGAGGUCUUCGGCAUCCUCUCCGUCAGCCCGGCUCUCGGCGCACUGGGCGACGAGAACGACGCCAUCUCGUUCCUCCUGGACCCCGCAGCCAGCAUGGAGACGGCCGAGGAGCAGAGAGUGCACAGCCCGCCGGCCUCGCUGGUGCCCCGCCUGCACAUGCUCUACGCCAAUCGGCUGCCACACAACAACCCCCUGCUGCCUGCCGCCGCCGGCGGCGGGGACGACGACGGUGCCUAUUUAUCUUCUACCCGGAGCGAGAUGGCCGCCAUCAGGACAGAGCUGCUCGCUUACUUCACCCACAUCCUUCUGGGAGACGCUCUGGCUGCCGAAUACCUCAUUCUGCACCUCAUUUCUAACGUGUACCAUAGACAUGAUGUUCUCCCACUGGGGAAGUUCACCUUGAACCUGAGUGGCUGUCCGACUGACGCCUCGUACACAGAGCGCUUUUACCAGAUCAUCCAGCAGCUCGUGCCGUCCUCGUACUACCUGGGCAUGACGCUCCAGAAUAUGAACCAGAUGCGAUUAGUGCCGAAAAAGGACUAUGGCGCCAACCGGCUGUUGAGCGGGGCCCUGCAGCUGGCCAAAAACACUUCCCUCUUCCUGGAUGAAUCCCGGCUGGAGCAGGGGCAGCUGGACACGACAGGUGUGCGUAACGUGACGGCCUUGGGGAACGUGAUCUCGUGGCAGAAGGUUGAUUAUGACUUUAACUUCCACCAGAUGGAAUUCCCCUGCAACAUUAACGUGCUGAUCGCGUCAGAGGGCCGCUCGCUGCUGCCGUCCGACUGCCGGAUACACCUACAGCCUCAGGUGGCCCCGCCCGACAUGGACGAGUACCUCAGCAGCAUCCACACGCAUCCACAGGCUUCACAGCUGAACAAGUUCAGGGUGUACCUGAGCGUGGCUCGGCUGCUGCGCUAUAGCAUCUCAGACGAAGUGACAAAGUCAGUAGAGGAUGACUUUGUGGAUAUGAGGAAGGACGACCCGCAGAGCAUUUCUGCCGAGGACCUGCACAGGAUGCUUGUAGUGGCGAGGUUGCUGUCUCUGAGCCGGGGACAGACCUCUCUGUCCAGAGACAGUUGGCUCCAAACCAAACAGAUCGAGGCGCUGCGAAGGAGUCGGAUGGAGCAGCACAAGUGUGUCAACGGCAACGAGCAGUGAUCAAUCAAGAUGCCUUACUUUUGUUUAAUACCUAAAAGAAAGUAAUAAAGAUGUUUUUCAUGCAUUUAGUUCACAUGGUUUAACUUUUAAUGACUUGAACAUUGGUUGGUUCAUUUUCUUUACCUCAUUUGACCUUUAAUGUCCCCGCCUGCGAUGCUGCAGAGUAAGAUUCCUGGAAAUAAUUAAGUAAGGUCUGUAGAAUUGGUUCUAAUUUUGAGUUUGAAUAAAUAUAUAGCGAGUUGUUGGAAAGAGCACACUUUUGAUAUGCUGGCAUGGAGAAUUGCUGUU